CACGUGAAGUAUCGAAUAAUCAAAACAAAACACGAAUAAAAAUAAUUCAUCAUGGUGCUUACGGCAUGUUUCAUAGUUUGAUAGAACUCAGUAUUUACGUAUAAUUUCUUUAAGAAUUACGGCUUCGUCGCUGUAGUAAGAGCUGAAAAGUUUUGUGAAUUGUUAAUCCGGCGUACUCUGAUGUAUAGCGUUUGACGAAAAUGUUCCGAAUUUCGUUAAGUAGCAUACAAUCCAGGUUCACCAAUCCCCGGAUCAGUCACUGGCGUUCGUGCGCUCUUGUGGUGCGUUCUUGCUCAUCGAGCAAGGCUCUACAACUAAAAGAGAACAUUCGAGCCAGUUCACCGGAUGAGCUAUUCGAAAAGAUUAAAGAUAAAAUUUACUACAGCUCGUAUGUGGAAAGUAAAACACUGAGAUUGGGAUACAAAAGGAAUAAAAUGUUCGAGAGAUGGCUACGAGCGGUCGAAAAUCGUCGGACCCGAGAGAAUGUCAACGUGCAGCCCUUCCCAAUUUCGCUUCAGUAUUUCACCGAAGACCGUUUAGACGUGGAGUCAAAUGAAUGUGAAGAAAGUAUAGAAGAUGAGGUUGUAGAUUAUUUACCCUAUCAGAAAUUGGAAAUGAAAGUCGAACGAGCAGCAAAUACGAAUGCCCAAUCGACGACAGCGGAGCAGGCACCAACUACCGGCGAGUGGAUGUCUGACUACGAAUACUACGAAGAAGAUGAAUCGGAAGACCGCAGAUCAUUUUAUGGAACACCGGAUCCGGCCGAACCAGUAUCCAGUGUACCGUGUGGUGGCUGUGGGGCUAUGCUGCAUUGUGCCGAACCCAGCAUCCCAGGUUAUUUGCCAAGUCAGUUAUUCAAGCGGAAAUCCAAGCAACAGCUCACGAACAGUGUUUGUCAGAGAUGCCACUUUUUGAAAACCUAUAACACGGCUAUCAAUGUGACUGUUUCGCCGGAAGAUUACGUGGAUAUGAUAUCCCGGAUCAAAGAGCAGAAAGCAAUUGUGCUGCUAAUGGUUGAUCUUCUAGACUUUCCGUGCUCCAUUUGGCCUGGUUUAUCUGAAAUUCUGGGCCCUUCGAGACCGAUCAUGGUUGUUGGUAACAAAGUGGAUUUGUUGCCGAAAGAUUGUCCUGGUUAUCUCGAUAACAUACAAACCAACCUGACCAAAAUGAUGAUCGAUGCGGGAUUCGAUAGAAAUAACAUUAAGCACGUGGCACUGAUUUCGGCUACUACCGGAUUUGGAGUGGAACAGUUGAUUACAAAGUUGCAUAAUAUUUGGGGCACGCGCGGCGAUGUGUAUUUGGUAGGAUGUACAAACGUGGGCAAAAGUUCACUGUUUAAUGCUCUGUUAAAAUCCGACUUAUGCAAAGUACAGGCAUCCGAUUUAGUGCGAAGAGCCACUGCCAGUCCUUGGCCUGGGACAACGCUGAGAAUGCUAAAAUUCCCAAUUCUAAGAGCAUCGGAUUAUCGUUUGUAUCUUCGCACAAAAAGAUUACAGUCUGAUCGGGUGAAGCAAAUCGAAGAGGAGAAAUUACGAAAACACCAAGCAAAAGGUACCGGAAUAAUCAAACAUGAAACUUUAAUAGGUCACAUUGGACGAACGUUUACCGAGGAGCAGACGGAAUCUAGUGAUCACUUUUCCGUCGCUCAGGGUGGCACAGGUAAUGUGCCUAUUUUGACACUGAACGAGAAAAGUGACAUUUACAUCAACAGCAAAUGGUGUUACGAUACUCCGGGUGUUGUUCAACCGGAUCAAAUCACGAAUCUUCUAACCACCGACGAGCUUCUCGCCGUAUUUCCAAAACGAAUGAUUCGCCCUCGAGCGUUCCUACUUAAAACAGGAAUGACCCUCUUUCUUGCCGGUCUCGGUCGUCUAGAUUAUCUGGAAGGUCUUCCUUCGACGCGCAUUCUAUUGUACUCGUCGCCGAAACUACCUACGCUAAUUUGCGCCACCAACCAAGCCAACAUGAUUUAUCAAACUCUGCUGGGAUCGGAAUAUAUGGCAGUGCCUCGGGCGGAUCCGGAUCGACUUGCCAAGUGGCCUGAUCUGCAAGCAUCCACAGACAUUCUACUGACUGGUAUCGAAAAACACAUUUCCGUGGCUGAUAUUCUCCUUUCUUCUGCCGGUUGGGUUGCCAUCAAUUUGCCGGCCGGUGUGGAAGCGAUUUUUCGAGCGUGGACACCAGAACGGAGAGGUAUCUAUGUGAGGCAACCGGCCCUUCUGCCACACGGAAUGAAUCUACGCGGGAAGAGAAUACGUGGUUCGUUAGCAUACCGGCUUAAAGAUCCGUUUGUCAAGUAGUAGAGAUGAGCAUGGCUUAAGAAAUGCAUUGAAAACUAUAGAUUUAAUAAUUCUUAAGGUUACGAAAAAAAUUUAAAAAUAUAAAUUCA